CCACCCCAACGCACGAGGUAAAUGUUCUAGUUUUUGACUAUCGUACACCUACAUCCUAUCAGUAUUCGCAACGACGCCGUUUGAUUGAUCAUUUCUUUUCCGCCUUUUAUAGUUUUACCACCACUCGUAUCAGUUACAGCUGAUAACUCCCAAAACCCUAACAAACUCUAUACAAUAAACCGUUUUUGGCCGGCGAUGGCAGCACCGGCAACGGAAGUUACCGUCGGAGAACAACCACCGAAGGAACCGCCGCAGCCACCAGCUAGAAAACCGAUAACUGAAAUGACAGUAGAAGAGAUGGUGGCGAAAGCAAUUGUUCCGGUAAAAAAGGAAUUUAUUAUUCCUCUACCCAAACGACUGACUGAUAACGAAAAUGGCUCAUCAAACGACGUCGUUCCUGCCUCAACCAUUUCAGCUCCGCCGCCUGUUAGUAAGGAAAAGAAAUCGAAACGACAGCUUAAAAGAGAACGCAAUCAGGAAAAGCAAUCAACACGUAACCUCUGUCCUAUGGUUGCAAAGGGAGGAAAACUAGAUUCAUGUCCUUACGGUGAUAAGUGUCGUUUUAGCCAUGACAUAGAAGCAUUCAUAGCUCAGAAACCUGCUGAUUUAGAGGGCAACUGCCCGUUUGACAGUGAUAAAGGUGCAUGCCCCUAUGGAUUGGGUUGUAGAUAUCUAGGUACACAUAGAACUGAAGUAUCUGCUGCAACUCCAAAUUGUCGAGAGGAAUCUGAAGUCAACGGACUGAAGAAAGAUGUCCAAAAACUAUUGUGGAAGAACAAAAUGCAGUUUCCUAAGGCAGAUGCUAAACUUAAAGCUCUUGGUCUAAUGGGUCCAUCAAAAUUGAAAAAGGCACCGAAUGCUGAUGAAAAAGAAGACAGUCAGACAAUUUUAAAUGGUUCUCAUUUGACAAAUGGAAACGGCAGUGGUGAAGUUGCUGCUCAAUUGAUUGUUGACAACGGAUGUUGUCCAGAAGUUCAUGAGAAACUUGAAGACAUUAAUGGUGCUGAUGAUCCUAGGCCCCUAAAGAAAGGAAAAUCGUUAAAUGAUGAAACGUUUGAUCCCAUUGAAGAAACCAAUGGUGCAAGUCUCGAGGAGAAAGAUCUUGAUACAAGUAGUGCACAGUUAGAGCCACUUUCAACUGCUGAUCAUGUAGAAACGGAUAAAAGCUUAAAGUCACACCCACGUGAAAAGAAGCUAAUUGAUUUCAGGGAUAAGCUAUAUCUUGCCCCUUUAACGACAGUUGGUAACCUGCCUUUCAGAAGGGUUUGCAAAUCGUUUGGUGUGGAUAUAACAUGUGGUGAAAUGGCAAUGUGCACAAAUCUUAUACAGGGCCAGGCUGCAGAAUGGGCACUUUUAAGGCGCCAUGUAUCUGAAGAUCUGUUUGGAGUUCAGAUAUGUGGGGCAUAUCCUGACACUGUUGCUCGAGCUGCUGAACUUAUUGAACAAGAAUGUUCGGUCGAUUUUAUUGAUAUCAAUAUGGGCUGUCCAAUUGAUCUUGUCGUUAGUAAAGGGGCAGGUUCAGCUCUUCUUUCAAAACCAAUGCGGAUGAAAAAUCUGAUACACGCAGUUUCUAGCACAGUGGACAUUCCAAUAACUAUAAAGGCAAGAACAAGUUACUAUGAGGGUAGAAGUCGCAUUGACUCUGUGAUAGCAGAUGUUGCGCAAUGGGGAGCUAGUGCAGUUACCAUUCAUGGUAGAUCUCGUCAGCAGCGUUACACCAAGCAGCCUGAUUGGGAAUAUGUAUACCAGUGUACAAGAAAGGCCCCUGAUACUUUACAAGUUCUUGGGAAUGGAGACAUCUUUUCAUUCUCAGACUGGAAUAAACACAAAUCCAAUUGCCCAGAACUGUCAUCAUGCAUGAUUGCUCGAGGUGCUCUAGUAAAGCCCUGGCUUUUUACAGAAAUUAAAGAGCAGAGAGAUUGGGACAUAAGUUCUGGUGAACGCUUGAAUAUUUUGAAAGAUUAUGUACGUUUUGGACUUGAACAUUGGGGUUCUGACACUAAAGGAGUGGAGACAACUAGAUCUUUCUUACUAGAAUGGCUUAGUUAUACAUACCGAUAUGUUCCUGUUGGUCUUUUGGAAGUUCUCCCGCAAAGGCUGAACUCACGCCCACCUGCAUAUUUUGGCCGUGAUGACUUGGAGACAUUAAUGGCUUCUGAGUCUGCUGUCGAUUGGAUUAAAAUAUCCGAGAUGUUGCUUGGUAAGGUUCCAGUUGGAUUCUCAUUUUCUCCAAAGCACAAAUCCAACGCUUUUGACAAAGCUGAGAACGGAUGAUGCAUCAAGUGUAUAUGGUACCAUGAUUGUUCUAGUUCACUUCGAGUUUCUAGGCUCAUUUUUCCGUUUGCGGCUAACCAAGGUGGUAUUUCUGGUAUGAGAUUUUCUUGUGAGCUUGAUUCAGAAUAGUCUAAUUGUUUUAAAACAAGCUUGAUAUCAAGAAUCGUUGCUUGUAAUGCUCCAAACAUUACUGCAAAAGAAACUAAUAAUAUUAGUACAAGGGUAACCAUGCUAGUCAUAAUGUCUUCA